AUGGGUGAGAACAUGGAGCAAACAGGAGCCAGAGCAGAAAAACAAGAGCCACAGGGUUCAGAAGCAAGGCCACUGCUCAGGCACAGGAUUACACUGACACCAUCCAACUAUACAGUCUACGCCGGGGCCUACAACCUAUCUGGAGCAAACUCCCAUGAAGUCAAAGUUAAAGUGAAAAACUUUAUUAUCAAUCCAAACUACACGACGUUUACAAAAGGCUCUGAUAUUUGCCUUAUGGAGCUGCAAACUGAGCUGAACUUCACCCAAUAUAUUUCUCCAGUUUGUCUGCCCGCAUCUGGGGUGGCUUUCCCAACGGGACUGCCAUGUUGGGUGACUGGCUGGGGAAACAUUGCUCGUAAUGUCAGCCUUCCACCACCUAAGACCUUGCAGGAAGUAUUGGUGCCUCUGAUUGGUGCACAGGUCUGUAAGAGUUAUUAUUCGCGUGUGGCCAAUAUUACAGAUAACAUGAUAUGCGCAGGUUACGUUAGCGGAGGAAAGGGCAUCUGCCAGGGUGACUCUGGGGGGCCGUUGGUUUGCGCCCAAGCCGAUCGCUGGUACUUGGUCGGGAUUGUGAGCUUCGGAAUCCCUUGUGAACAGAAAUAUUACCCCAGUGUGUACGGCCGAUCGAACGCCUUUGUGGACUGGAUAACGACUCUUGUCCCUGAAGUAUCUCCCAAUGUGCUGAAUAUCCAUCCGAGAAACCUUCAUAAAACAACCAAAACAUUAAGAGCUAAAUCAAAUUUUGACUUAACUCCACCCAAUUUUGCCGUGACCGCGCCCAAUUUAGACUUUUCUGCCAAAACAUAA